CUCUGGUUUUGUUCAGUUGGUAUUGGCCGACAACAACAAAUUUUGUCCGUCAUUGUGCGAGUGGUGAAUUCUUCAAUCUUGGCGUUUUUGGAGAUCAAAAAUGUCAAUUCUAAGCUACAACGGUGGAGCCAUUGUGGCCAUGAAGGGUGAAAACUGCGUCGCGAUAGCUUCCGACCUUAGGUUCGGCAUUCAAGCGCAAACUCUUGCUAUGGACUUUGAGAAAGUUUUUGAAAUGGGACCUCACCUGUUUCUUGGCCUUCCUGGGCUGGCCACUGAUACACUGACUGUCCGUGACAGGCUGAAAUUCCGUCUCAAUCUUUAUGAACUUCGCGAAAGCAGGAAAAUCCACCCCAAGACUUUUGCAGCUGUGGUCUCCAACAUGUUGUAUGAGAAGAGAUUUGGACCUUACUUUGUUGAGCCUGUAAUUGCUGGUUUGGACCCCAAGACCUUUGAGCCCUAUGUGUGCAACAUGGACUUGAUUGGUUGCAUCAAUGAGCCAGAAGACUUUGUCGUUGCUGGUUCCUGCACGGAACAGUUGUACGGCAUGUGUGAAGCUCUGUGGGAACCAGGUCUGAAGCCAGAUGACCUUUUUGAGACCUGUGCUCAAGCACUGGUCAAUGCCUUUGACAGAGAUGCUAUGUCUGGUUGGGGAGCCAUCGUACAUGUCAUUGAAAAGGACAAGAUCACAUCUCGCAGGGUGAAGACCAGAAUGGACUAAAUUCUUGCACUUGCUGCUGCUUCAUUGUAUUUCUCUGAUCAUCAAUAAUAUUACUUUGCAUUAAAAGUUAAACUUGGUUUAUCAAUUUGUCAA